AUGGCUACUCAGGUGGGCAUUGACGCAGGGCAGGCGUCCGACCUCGCUCAACUAUGGCAAAGCGCAGUCGAAGACUAUGAGAAAAGGACCAAGAAGAGUCUUCGACUGGCGCAAUUCAGCAACAUCAAUCAGAUCAUGAAGGGCACGGAAGGCCUGUCAGACGAGUUCAAAGAUUUCCGUCACGACCGGUCUAAAACAGACAAUGUGCGGACCGCGUUCAAACAUAACCUAUGGCUGAUCCAGAAGGUCCUCGAUACUGUCAAAGUGGUUGGGACUGUUGCAUCGGCCUUUCCUCCUGCAAUGCCGGCCAGCUUGAUUUUCACGGCAUUUGCGCAGGUCAUGCGGACUUUUGCCACAGUGUCCGCCGACUAUGAUAAGAUCAUGGGAUUUUUCGACUUCACGCAUCGAUUUUUUGACAGACUCUCUAUGAUCGAGGACAAAGCCCCACAGCAAAAGCCGUUCCAGCGUUGUGUCGCGCGUGUCUUCUCAGGCAUGCUGAUUAUUUGUUCCGUUGUCCAGGAAUACGCCGAGCAAAAAAGAUUUAAGAAGUGGUUUAUGAGUUUGGUUGAUGGAUCGGAUGGAGCUCUUUCGGAAGCCAUCAAGAAUAUGGAGGAAGCCGCGAAUGAGCUCACCCAGGCCGUUGGUCUGGCCACUUUUCGGACUGUGGAGAUCCUGGACGACAUUAUUCAAAGCAUGCAUGGAAACGUCGAGUUUCUCGUAGCGAAGGUCACUGUUAUCGACGGAGGAAUGGAGGCCAUCAAAUCCGAUACGGGGACGAUUAUCCAACAAGGCCGGGAGCUGGAAUCGAAUCAGGAUGCCAUGAUAGAAAUGCUGAACGAGCAAUCCCGGCUAUUCAACGACGCCGUUAAGAGUUUUGACUAUAUUCAGAUGGGUGCCAAUUUCGGCAAAAGCUUCCAGACGAGUCUGCUGAAACUGGACGUAGUCCGUCUUCGGCUGACCCGUUGGGGUCAGUCCGUCGGACUGGCGAAGGUGGACGAUGUGAAACCACCCCAGAUGACGAAGCUCGCCCCCGAGGAUAGAGAGCAGGUCCAAGGAAUUCUGAACCAGAUUCUGGAGCUCUUUGCGGAUGCCGAGGCUGCUUCGAAACGAUUUAAAAAAUGCAACGCCGCCGUGCCAGUCCUGGACCCCGCCAAAGAGCUAGACAGCGUCUCAGCCUCACUUCACCAGAAGAUGGAGGAUCUCGCUAAGAAGCGGCAGGACAAGUCCGAGGUGGAACAGGACGAAUGGACUAUGUACGAUGAGAAGAAUUUCACCCGCCUGAUCAAAGACAUUAGCGAAUUGGUGGACGGUUUGGUCGGUCUUUUCCCGGGAAUUCAAGAAGAACAACGCAAGCUUUGUGAGGAAGAGGUGUCUGAAAUGAACACGAACGAGGACAUCCUUCCGCUGCUGAAAGAUGUCACUACUGGCCAGGACAAGCUGCUGAGUGAUGCAGUCGUCAAAGUCAUCCAGUCUACCAUCACCUACACCAACAGUGUGGUAUUCUCAGGGCCUAACUCUGGUUUCCAGAUAGGAAACAACUCAGGCAAGAUUAGCGGUAUCCGCUUUAGCAGUUCCUAG